GCAGUCGGAGCGGGCAGCAGCAGCGGACUGGACACGUCGGGAACUGUAACUUCUGGAACUCACUAAAAAGAGCAUAUAAUUGGUUCUAAAGCAUCGGGUCGAGGAGAAGGACUCUGCUGGAAUAUUGAUCGAAAAAGUUUGUCCUUGAGCGCAUCGCAGCACCGCGGUCCGGACAGAACAACCGUGGACUCGGACCUCCGCUGCCGGGCCUGGAGCGAGCACCCAGUGUGUGGAUGCGAGUGCCUCUAAGUGAGUGUUUUCCGACACCUUUGUGCCUUUAAGUGAGCAAACGUUUGCUGUGCGAGGAUGAGGGCCAUCGCACUGCUGUGUCUCUUCAUGGUCGUGGAGGUCGGAGCCUCCAGGUUCAUCCGUGACUCCCAAGGGGUCCCCGAAGCUCCAGAACCCCCCAAGAGCAACGCCUCGGCCGGGAUUCCGUCCCCGCAGCCGGGCCGACCGCGGAGCGCCUUCCCCCCCAUGUGCAUAAAGCCCACGGAGAUCAAGCACGCCUUCAAGUACGUGAACACCAUCAUAUCCUGCCUGAUCUUCGUGGUGGGGAUCAUCGGCAACUCGACGCUGCUCAGGAUCAUUUAUAAGAACAAGUGCAUGAGGAACGGACCCAAUGUUCUGAUCGGCAGCCUGGCGCUGGGGGACCUGCUUUACAUCAUCAUCGCCAUCCCCAUCAAUGUGUUCAAGCUGAUAGCGGAGGACUGGCCGUUCGGAGUGUACGUCUGCAAGUUGAUGCCGUUCAUCCAGAAAGCCUCGGUGGGAAUCACCGUACUCAGCCUGUGCGCUCUCAGCAUUGACCGCUACCACGCGGUGACGUCAUGGAGCAGGGUGAAGGGGAUGGGGAUCCCUCUGUGGAAAGCAGUGGAGGUGACACUGAUCUGGCUGGUUGCCGUGGUGCUGGCCGUCCCCGAGGCGCUGGCGUUCGACAUGCUGGAGAUGCCGUACAGAGGCAACAAGCUGCGCAUCUGCCUGCUGCAUCCAGAGCAGACCACCAACUUUAUGAAGCGCUACCAGGAAGUCAAAGAUUGGUGGCUGUUUGGCUUCUAUUUCUGCUUCCCACUGGCCUGCACUGGAAUCUUCUACACGCUCAUGUCCUGCGAGAUGCUCAGUCGCAAAAAAGGCAUGCGGAUCGCGCUCAACGACCACAUGAAACAGCGGAGGGAAGUAGCGAAGACAGUGUUCUGCCUGGUGCUGAUUUUCGCUUUCUGCUGGCUGCCCCUUCAUCUCAGCCGUAUUCUGAAGAAAACAAUCUACGACCAAAAUGACCCCAACCGCUGCGAGCUGCUCAGCUUCCUCUUAGUGAUGGAUUACAUCGGCAUCAACAUGGCCUCCUUAAACUCCUGCAUUAACCCGAUUGCCCUCUACUUUGUCAGCCAGAAGUUUAAAAACUGCUUCCAGUCCUGCCUGUGCUGCUGGUGCUACAGAUCUUCUCCUCUGGACGAACGAGGCUCCGGAGGACGCUGGAAGGGUUCCUGCAACGGUAACGGAUUGGACCGCUCCAGCUCCCGCUCCAGCUCCAGUCAGAAAUACACAAGCUCUUCUUAAACCCACACAGUCGUUGCGCGCCUCUUCUCCCAAACCAACGUUCCCGUCAUCGGCUCCCAUCGUGGAGAAUCUGCUGCGUCACUGCCAACAUAUCAGAUGUGAGUCAGGAAGGGGAGGAUAACGGAGCGAGGUAGAGGUCACUUCUACAGGACUCACUGUGGUCUGAAAGACUCAGAGAUCGACCCAAACUGGGGGUUGAAAUAACAGAACUGUGCCUUGUCCGGUUUCUAACACUAAAAGCGAUAAUGAAACCGCAUCAACGUGUUCAUACUCGGGCACUGAGGCUUGCGUAGAGGACUUAAAGGCUCUCAGUGCACCAAUAUGGUAAAUACAUUUAUAAAGAAUGUUUAUUCAAGCUACUUGUAAAUUGAUGUACAGUAUUAUUUACAUGUAGAGUGCAGACUUAUGGUUAUAUCUCGACUUAGUGCUUCCUGUAUGAAUGAGCACUGAUAAAUACUACCUGUUGAAGCUUUUUAAUACCUCACGGUGGAAAGCUAGAGGGAAACUGUGACCCUGAGUGAUGAUCCGAAAGGCCUUAAAGUUGCCUUUUUUUAUUAUUAAAAUGCACAUUUGUGCCUCUGCCGACACAAGACUAGUUAGUUCUCUGACAAUCAACUGCAUGUUGUCACUGCUCAAAGCCCACCGGUGACAUCAUAGCAGAGCAAAAUGGGCCCCACUGUUUGCCUUCCAGUCAUGUGGAGAGUCAAGCAUUGGCAAUCUUUUUAUCUGGAAAUCAUCACUGCUUUAAGUCAUGUGGAGGGCAGCUGUUGACUAAGAACGCUGACUAACACCAGACGAUUCCCAUCAUGCCACAUUAUGAGCUCUAUUAUUGCUGCAGUGCUAUUUUAUGUUUUCAGUGGUCUCUGUUCACACUGUGUAUAAAGUCUUCAUUUGAGUCUUACAAUGUAGCUUCUAUUUUUCUAAGAAAAUAUCACAAAACGCACGAAGAGCUCGAGCCAGCGUUGAAUAUUUCACCUCCACCGGGGCGUGGCGGUGUUACAAAGCAGUUCAUAUGGCUGGAGAUUCCUUCUAAAGAGCUGCUUCCUGGAAGACGUAUUUUUAGUUUAGCCAUUUAAAUGCUUUAGGAAUGAAACUGUUUAAAGCGAGUGUUUUUAGAUGAAACUAUCUACAUAAGGAUCAUAGAAUUUCUAUAUAUACAUGCACACAUAGCAGUGUGACAAAUUAAAGGAAAAACUAGAGUACAAAGAAAUGCAGAUUCCACUCGUUAAACGAACUGCAUGGUACAAUGAAGGAGUUAAUAUCCAAUAAUGGUAUUUGGCAUGUGCAAGAAUACUGCCAGGCUGAUUGUGAUUUUGUAUCAAGAUGGCAAAAGGAAAAGAUUUAAGUGACUUUGAAAGAGGAUUGUUGGGGCACUGAUGGCAGGAGCUUCAGUCACAAAGACGGCUCAACUGGCUGGUGUUCCAGUAGGAGCACUGACUAAAAAUCACAGCGAUUGAAACUGUGGUUAACAGCACAUGUUUGACGACCGUGAUGCAUAAGUGCGAUAUAUAAGGAAAACCACAAGAGCAACUCUUACACAUGUGACUGAGAAUGUCAAUACAGGAUGUGAUCAGGCUGUCAACAAGGACAGCACAUCGGCAGUUACAUAGAGAGAGAUGUUCUGGUUGGGUUCCAGUGCAUAAACCCGUAACUGCAAAGAUUAAUGCAUAUUGAAGAGUCCCGUGGUGCAAAAACCAGAUGCACUGGUCUACAAAGUGAGGGGAUCUGGUCGCUCUGUGGUGCUGCAGGGGGCAUUUUGCUGGCAUGGUUUGGGUCUACCAGCCUCCUUAGAUGAAAGGGUCACUGCAGAUCAACACGUGUUGUUCUGAGUUAGUAAGUGAGUUGGCACGAGUUGGUCACUGGUUGAUCCGAUGAGUUGACAAUGAUGUGAAUCACAUGCUGCGGCCUGGACAGUCACCAGAUCUGAAACCAAGUGAACAUCAACAGGAGGUUUUUGACUGAUGUGUUAAACAGUGCUCUGCUCCACCAUCACCAAAAGCCACAACACAUUUUGGAAGAAUGGUUGUUCACCCUUCCAGCAGAGUUCCAAAGACUUGGAGAAUCAAAACUUAGGAACAUUGAAGCUGUCCUGGUGGCACACAGGGCCCGGCGUCUUACUCAUAAUGUUGAUUUUUCCUUUAAUUUGUCAUACAUGCUUUAUAUUGAAUACAGUGACCAGACAAUGAAAUUCAAGACGUCUAACUAAACUAGCAUGUUAAACUGAUGUUUGUGAAGGAGAUUUGCAGGCAAAGAAUGUUGUAAGAAAUUAAAUAUGUGAGGUGCAGCUAAGGAAGAGAAAGGUUUUCCUUUAUUUAUGUUACAAUAAUGUUAAGGAGUCUGCAGCUGGACAAAGCUGCAAAACUCAGUAUAAAUCCUGUAAUGCCAAAACAUCGAGACAUUUGUUUUCAUUGUAUAUUAAGUGAGUCUAUGCAAGUGAUAGAAGCUCAGGAUGAAUCAUUUUCAUCUCGUGCUUUUUUUCCCCCUCCCUCAGUACAUCGUGAGAUGAAACUUUUUCACCUUUUAUAAGAGCAACAUAAUAAAAUGUGUUUUUGCUGAGAGACGAGACAAUGUGUUCAUUCACACUGAAGAAGUUUAAAAUAGAGCAGAUCUGGGUUCGUUACACUAAUGCUUGGAUACAGAAUUUAUGUUGCCACCGUGUUGUUGACAAUAUCAGCUGAUGGUGCUGAAUGUGACUCAUUACACUCAUCAUAUCUAUUUAUGUCUUCUUCACCCUGGCUAGAGCUGCGUCCAAAAGCGACUGUGUGCUGGAAGCUGUGAGCAGCUUUGUGAGUGUCUUUAUAGAGGGACCACCAAGUUAAAACCUGUAGCAGUCAUUUUGAAGUUGAACAUAUAUGUGAAUAAUGUCCCUUAAAAUUGCAUUUAUAGUGUACUUAUUUGUUCAGAGAAUACAGUAAUAAAUAUUAUUUUAUAGCA